GCUGCAGCACAGGGCUUUUAUGUUGGGUGACCGGAACCAGCUGAAACCGGUUUGAGGCAGACAGAGGGCUGACAGGAACAAUGCUGUCUCUGUGCUCCUCUGAGGGAAAGGAUAGCCCAGGCUACUCCAUGGCAGCCCAUCACAUCUCAGCUACUGGCCACCAUGGCACAGACUCAGACCCUGCUACUGCGGCUCACCGCUGGCUGGAUGUCGCCUUGCUACGCAGCACGUCGAGGGGAGCAGGAAAGAUUUUGGGGAAGAGAAGAGGGCAGGGGGACGGGGGCCGGCCAGGAGUCUGUGAAUCUGCAGCCUGGCGUCUGCCUCAUACACACAUGCACACACACAGGAGCAUGAUCUUUCUGUCUGUUUGUAUGUCUUUGUGCUGCUGAUGGUGCAGAGAGUGACUAAGGAGGAUCCUCACCACAGGACCACCACCACUCACCAAAAUCCAUGGAUGUAACCUGACCCUGUGUUCUGGGCCUUUUCGUGGUUGGGGAAGAGACAGGACUGUUUUUUCCAGGCAGGGUGGGGUGGAUGGCUUUUGUGGGUUAGCAGUGUUGUGACUGUGUUUGUUGCAGGAUGGAAGGAAGAAGGAAGGGAAGGUUUGGCUAGUGACUGGAAAGGGACGGAGGAAAGAGGACCAGGAUCAGGACCAUGGGAGAUAUGAAGACGCCGGACUUUGACGAUCUGCUGGCGGCUUUCGACAUCCCCGACAUGGUGGAUCCAAAAGCUGCUAUUGAAUCUGGCCAUUGUGACGAGCGUGACGGACAGCUCAAGCAACCCACUGGGGUGACUACCAAUGAAGACGAGGCCCACAACACCUCAACAGGACAUGACGUUGGCGUUAGUGUCAUUGUCAAGAACAUGAGAAACACAGACAAAAGGGAACACGGUGAAACCGUAUCAGAAAGGGAUUUCCACUCACAUUCUCAACCCCAUUCUGUUGGCACUUUCAACAGACUUCAUAAUAGCUUCUUAACAGGUUUUCCUCAAUACACCAAGAAUGGAUGGAAAGCUCCCAGAGAGGAAGGACAGCCAAUUAACAACCAAUCAUCCACCUACAAUCAGUUCAGCCCCAUCUCCAGUGCUGAAGAGUUUGAUGAAGACGAUAAAAUUGAGGUAGAUGAACCCAUGGACAAUCGGGUUGGUCAGACAUUCUUCAGGUCAUCAGCUAAGAGAGAGGACCAGAAUCAAAAAUCACCAAUAUCAGACAAUGUGUCUAAGCCCAGAGCAAACAAAGACCAAAAACCUGAUCAAAACAAUAAAAAUGGUGGCAAAGUGGAAGAGUCCAAGUCUAAAAAUUCCCGUCAGUCAAGUUUACUCAAGGGGGACCUCAAGUCUUGCAGUAAGGAGUGCAAGGAGUCUGAAGAGUCAUCAGGACUUGUGUCCACCACCUCCCCGGUCAAAACUAAGUCCUCUGCAAAACUGUCUUCUUGUAUAGCAGCCAUAGCAGCCCUCAGUGCCAAAAAGGCCAAUGCAACAGACUUAGAUGUUUUGGAUUCUUCUCCAUCACAUAAAGAAACCAACAAGUCCAAUGAAAACCCUGCUGCUUCGGAGAAGCCACAGCAACAUGAGUCAGCGCUAGAGUUUGCAAAGAGACUGCUAACAAGACCACAAGACAGUCCCUCUAGUGUCACCAGUGAAGGUAGCAGCAAAGGUUCCCCAUCCUCAAGCAUAGACACAACACCCGUCAUCCCAAAGGUCAGGAUCAAAACAAUCAAGACCUCAUCCGGACAGAUCAAGCGGACUGUCACCCAUGUUCUCCCAGAGUUUGAUCCUGACGGCCUGAAAAAAGGAGACAAUAGCACAUCUGUCAUGGCAACUACCACUGCAAUUUUCUCAUCUCCCACGAGGCCGCCAACUACGGUAGUAGCCACCACUGGAGGACCUUCAAUAGAAAUAAGCAAGCAAAUGACUAUUAAACCUGUUGCAACAGCUUUCCUGCCGGUAUCUGCAGUCAAGACAGCCGGUUCACAAGUCAUCAACCUUAAGCUGGCUAACAACACCACAAUCAAAGCAACAGUCAUUCCUGCUGCAUCAGUGCAAAGUGCCAGCAGUGCCAUCUUAAAAGCUGCUAAUGUCAUCCAGCAACAGACUGUCAUGGUACCUGCCUCCAGCCUAGCCAAUGCUAAACUUGUGCCAAAGACAGUCCAUCUUGGUAACCUCAACCUCCUGUCUCAGACUGUUGCCUGUGAUCUCAAACAGGCCCUGACAUCCUCCAAGCAGAGCCAGCAACCAUCACAUGUCAAACAGCAGACAGUUCUUAUUGGCCAGGCCUCAAAGAAAGUCUCCAGGGUUCAAGUAAUCACUAGCACUCAAGGUUCUGUAGUGGACGCCUUUAAUAAAGUCCUAAGUAGCAUCAAUCCUGUCCCUGUAUAUGUUCCAAAUCUAUCCCCGCCAACCUCAGCCUGUAUCUCUCUACCCUCACGUGGCUACAAGUGCCUGGAGUGCGGAGAUUCAUUUGCUCUUGAGAAGAGCCGAACACAGCACUACGAACGUCGCAGUGUGCGGAUCGAGGUCACCUGCAACCACUGUGCCAAAAGUCUUGUGUUCUACAACAAAUGCAGCCUCUUGUCUCAUGCCAGGGGCCACAAGGACAAAGGGGUUGUCAUGCAGUGCUCACAUCUAAUUCUCAAACCCAUCCCUGCAGACCAGAUGAUACCCACAUCAUUGUCAUCAGGCUCAUCCAACAUCACUGGUACCACCACAAUAUCCCAAGCCCAAGCACCCACAGGUCAAAUUUCAGGGAAAGGCACUGUCAGUGGGUCCCAGACUGCAGUGAUUUCUGCUCCAUGCAGUGCUCCUUUUGUGGCAGCCAUGCCCUUGGAGGAUGAUGCAUCAAAGCUCUGCAGGCACAGCCUAAAGUGCAUGGAGUGUAAUGAAAUUUUCCAAGACGACAGUUCACUAGCCAUGCACUAUCAACAGGCACCAGAGUCCAGUGGACAGAAAACAUGCACUAUUUGCCAAAUGCUUCUGCCGAAUCAGUGCAGCUUUCAGUCACACCAGCGGAUCCACCAGCACAAGUCUCCUUACAUCUGUCCUGAGUGUGGCGCCAGCUGCCGAUCUGUCCACUUCCAGUCACACGUCACCAAGAACUGCUUACAUUACACCCGCAGAGUCGGCUACCGCUGUCUUCACUGCAGCGUGAUCUUUGCUGAUGUUGCAACGCUGAAGUCCCACAUCCAGAGCGCUCACUGUGAGACCUUCUACAAAUGUGCUCUCUGCCCGAUGGCCUUCAAGACUGCGCCUGCCACACAUUCCCAUGCACAUGUACAGCAUCCAGGAGUGAAGGCUGGAGAGCCCAAGUUGAUCUACAAGUGCUCCAUGUGUGACACUGUGUUCACUCAGCAGUCCCUGCUCUGCACACACUUCGACCAGCAUGUUGUCAAUCAUAAAGUGUCAGUGUUCAAAUGCCCUGACUGCUCCUUGCACUACGCACAGAAACAGCUCAUGUUGGACCAUAUCAAAGCCAUUCAUGGAACCCUGAAGACCAUCGAGGGUCCACCAAACUUGGGCAUCAACCUUCCUCUCAGCAUCAAGCCCACCAAUUCUAAUAACAGCACCAACAGCCCCAGCAAUAACAACAAUAAAGAUGGAGGAAAUGUCAAUAGUCAAGACAAGGGAGAAAAGAAACCUUCAUGUUCGCCACAAAAGAAAAGUAACAGUAAUUCCUCAGCAGUUCUCAAGAGUCCUCCCAGCUCAAGAUACACAUGUGGGGACUGCAGUACCCCCUUCAGUUCCAGGGAGGUCUUUGUGGCUCAUAUGAGGCGUGAACAUGGCAAGAUCUUGAAGAAGCACCCAUGUCGACAGUGUGACAAGUCCUUCAGCUCCUCCCACAGUCUCUGUCGACACAACCGUCUCAAACACAAGGGGUUGCGGAAGGUCUACACAUGCCCACACUGUCCAGCUCUCAGUCAGCCCUUCACUAAACGAGUGCUGCUGGAUCAGCACAUUCAGAUGAUGCAUAACGUCAAAGAACCAGAGGGGAAGACCGUCAGCUCUCAGAAUGUUGAGGAAUUACCUGAGAAGCAAACGACCCCCAGCCCAAAGAGGAAGCCAGAAGAGGAUGAGGGAUCGCCUGGUUUGAACUCCAGGGGAUCAGACUCACAGCCUCUGAAGAGGCUCAAGGUGAACAUCCCCAAAGUUCACAAGUGUGCGGUUUGUGGCUUCACCACAGAGGACAUCGCUGCUUUCCACAAACACAUUCCCCAGCACAAGUCUGAUGGCUCGUCCUACCAGUGUCAGGAGUGCGGCCUGUGCUACACCUCCCACCGAUCACUGGCCCGACACCUCUUCAUCGUUCAUCGGCUGAAGGAGCCGCAGGGCCUCGCCCGGUACAACGGCCGGGGCAAGGAUGAUGAUGAGAGUCAGAGGGAGAACCAGCUGGACGUUACGGACGAGAACAACGAUGGGAAACCGAACACCAAAUGCAAAGUGUGUGGGAAGAUGUUUGAAACGGAGGGAAACCUGAACACUCACAUGAGGACACAUGGAAUGGCCUUCAUAAAGUCUAAGAGACUGAGUGCGGCUGAGAAGUGAGAAGAACUCACUUUUUAACAUUGCAAACAACUUGCAGUACAUCGGUCGGCUGUGAUUAUGCUGUAUAUAAUAUACACAAUUAAUACCACAUCAUGUAUACAAUAUACUCACAGAAAUAUGUAAUAUAUGUUGAAGUCAGUGUCUUUAAGUAAAUGGAACAAGAUACUUUUGUACCCUCAUAGAUGUUUCUAUAGGCCUUGAAUAGACCUUUUGUAUAGAGGAGCUUUUUAUUUUAAACAGUUACCAUUGUAGUUUCUCACUAGGAUUAAAUGAUGUAUGGAUAAAUUGGUGUAAUAUGGGACUAAUCCUCAUACAGUCAGCAGUGCUCCAAAUUCUCAAUGCUGCUAAUGUCCAAUGAAUGUCUGCAAGAAUAUGUUCUACUUGGAGAUUUAGGUUUCUCAGAGCAUACGCCACAGCUAGCUGAGGUCUUCAAUUUCAACUUAACCUCAACUUUGUUUAUUUUUACGGAUAACAAUUUUUUCUCUCUGAGCCAUUCCUGGCUUCCAGUGGUCCUGGUCUCCGUCUAAAACACCCUGAAGUAAAACUAAAUCUCUACGUUAGAUUUGAGUUGCAAUUACAAGGAACAUCAAAAAAUGUUAGGACAAUCAUUCAAAGAUAAAUCCUAACUUCAGCUGCAUCCCCACACCACCCAGUCAAGUUAUUAUAUAUAAAUAUAAAAUGCACAUACAAUGAAAAGUAUGAAAAUAGAUGGAUUUGAAAUGAGUUUAUAGCUCACAGUUUUUUCAGGUAUUGUCUUUUAAAGAGAAACAUAUGGGCCAAAUUUGAAUUUGCUUUUAAAACUGCAUUUCGAAAAGGACUGUGAAACUUUGUACGUUGACGUUUCAUGCUGGUUCUUAAUACACUAUAAAUGGCAGCUCUUUGAGAUUAAGACUUGACUAAAACAUUUUUUUUGUACCUGAAUAUUUAAAGCAAAAAACACAAAGCACUUGCGUGUCUUUUAAACAGCAGUUAAUCUACUGCUUCAUUUAUCUGUCAAUAUAGCACAAUAAAAACAAGAAGGGCCCUCAGUAAAAAUCACACACACUGAUAAUUAUCAUAUUUCAUCAACACUGAUUAAUUAUUCCCUGGGAAAUUUGUCAACAUGUUGAAAAAACGUCUAACAUAAGAUAUUUCCUGGAUCCAUCUCCUGAGCUGGAUUUGCACCAAAAUGUAUUGCAUACAUUUAAUAAUUUCCUGAGACAAUAAACAACCAUCCACCAGUGGAAAUCCUUUCAGUAGAGUUUGUGUAAUCCUGCUUAUAAACAAACAAACGAACAGAAAUCUUUCAAAACUAAAGUAUCAGUUUUCUGUCAUUUUGUUAUUUUCUCUUAAAGCUUCUUCAGUUUGUGGUUUAUUGUGAAAUCAUAAUGAAUGUUGAUUGACAGUAUUUAUGUGCAGGAAUGUAAACUUGGCUGUGACACUCAUUCAAUCAAACCAGUGAACGUAACUUUGGAAGUCGUGUGGAAACUAUCUACAGCUUGAUUUCCAUUGGUUCCUUUUCUUCCAAGCAUUUCCAGGUCUCCGUUUUGAACAGUAGUUUUUCUACUCGGACAAUAAGACGAACUGUCUUGCGCUGUAAAACUGCAUGUGAGAAUCCGUCUGUGAAUUGUUUGUGGAAUAGAAUGUGUCUUGCUGCUGCUGCUGUUUUUAGACAUUUCUGAUGCUUGUGUACAAAGUUGUGUCAAUAAAUGAUGAAACCUGCCAGGGAGCGAUCUGAUGUCGACUGCACAUAAGACAUCAGUGCUUCUCCAAGGACCUA